AUGUACCGACUAUUCGCUCCCGUGGUGUUACUUUCGAUUGUGCGUGCAGCUGCAGCACAGGAUGGCGACGCCAGGGGGCAUUCACCCACCGUCUCAACCCUCAGUGGACAGGUGCAAGGCACCGUAAGGUCAGCUCCGGCCAUAUCCAACAAACCCGUCUUCACAUUCCUGGGCAUCCCGUUUGCAACGCCCCCUGUCGGCGACCUACGGUUCCGUCCACCUGAGCCCGUUGCCCCAUGGGAAGGUGUCAUGGACGCCACCGAAUUUGGUCCCAACUGUCCCCAGGACCUAGCACUCGUGCGCAGUCUGUACGACUUCAUACCGCUUGUGGUACCGAGUGAUAUCGUCAGCGAAGACUGCCUUGUGUUGAACGUCAUGACAACCUCACUAAACAGCAGUGCUGCACUGCCGGUGAUGGUUUGGAUCCACGGCGGUGGCCUACAGUCCGGCACGGGUUCAAGGUACAACUUUACGGCACUCGCUGCCUAUCAGGACGUGGUCGUCGUCACCCUCCACUACAGACUUGGAGCACUCGGGUUUCUCAGCACGGGAGACGACAACGCGCCGGGAAACUACGGACUUCUGGACCAGGUCGAGGCUUUGAGGUGGAUCAAGUCGAAUAUCCGGAGUUUCGGUGGCGACCCAGACUGUGUCACAAUAUUUGGAGAAUCUGCAGGAGGCCAAAGUGUUUCAUAUCUGGUCCUUUCUCCUUUGGCCAACGGGCUUUUUCACCGUGCGAUAUCCCAGAGCGGGACUGCCCUAGGCCAGAACACGCCAACAACCACCAAGUCUCUAGCUGCAGCCACGGUCCAGGCAGAAGAGGUGGGGUGUGGCAAUCUUCAUGACGUGAAGGCCAUGAUGUCAUGUUUGAGACAGAAGCCAUUUCAGGACAUCGUGGACUCUGUGCCAGGAGUCGCUCGGAAACUGGGAGUAAAACCGUUCCCUCCCGUUGUCGACAAGCAUUUUCUUCAGGACCCGCCAAUGGUUGUGCUGCAUAAGGGACAGUUCAGCAAAGUCCCCUAUCUGCUUGGCGUCAACAACCACGAGUUCGGUUACCUGCUGCCUUCCAUUCUACUUCCUGGGUUCGGGAACGGCAUUCCACAAGACGCCUUGGCAGCCAUUGUGAAAAACUUGCUGUUACUGAUAGCCCAGGCUGAUAUUGAUGAUGAGAUGGUCGCAUCUGUGUUAGAGGAGUACCAAGAUCCAGACACAGAAGCUGACCCCAUGGCCGUACAGAUGAUGCUCACACAUAUACUUAGUGACUCUGUCUGGCUACUGCCGACAGUUGUUGUUGCCAACAACCACGCAGCACAGUGUGCCCAUGUCUAUCUGUACGAGAACCAGCACAGGCCAGCUGCGAUCGCUAAACCGGCCUGGGUGGGCAGUGACCACGGGGACGAUCUCUUCAUGGUGACGGGGAUGCCGUACUUAGGAGAGGACGGGCCAACCUACCCCAGCAAGCCGCUGUUCUUCUCCGAAGAAGACAAGCAAUUCAGCCUGGACAUGAUGGCGUACUGGGCCAACUUUGCAAGGACAGGGAAUCCUUCAGACUUCACCGGCAGCCCAUCUGUAAGACCGAACUUGACUGUUUGGCCAUCUUACACCCCUGACAACCCAGCUUACCUCAAGUUAGCCGUGACGUCGUCUGCUGAGGUGGGCCUGAAAGACAACCAUGUUCGAUUCUGGUACGAUAUUCUUCACAAUCAGCCACCUUUUGAAGUUCCUAAGGACAUCACUGGAAAAGAUGAGCUGUAGAUGAAAUAUAGCCAGUUGCUAUCUAACACACAACG